CAGUAUUGGAGCACGUGUAACUGUCAAUAUUGUCAGUGUCAGUCGUCAAAAUUUUUAACCAAUUUUCACUAUUUUUCGAAUAAAUAAGAUGGUUCAUCGUAUGGAAGCUGAUUCUAAGUAGAUUCCGUUUUAUAAGAGAACUAAUUAAAGGUGCUAGUAAUUCGACGAUCGAAGAAUUGAAAAUUACUAGAAAUAAAUUAAAAAAAGUACGAAGAGACUGACUCUUUCAAGAUGAAUAUUCGAUGCGCUAAACCCGAAGAUCUCAUGAACAUGCAGCACUGCAACUUGCUCUGUUUACCUGAAAAUUAUCAAAUGAAAUACUAUUUUUACCAUGGUCUGAGCUGGCCACAACUUAGUUAUGUAGCCGAGGAUGAAAAAGGUAACAUAGUCGGUUAUGUCUUGGCCAAAAUGGAAGAAGACCAAGAAGACCUGAAACACGGCCACAUAACGUCAUUAGCCGUGAAAAGGUCGCACAGACGAUUAGGAUUAGCUCAAAAAUUAAUGGACCAAGCCUCUGAGGCGAUGGUCGAAUGUUUCGAUGCAAAAUACGUAUCGCUACACGUUAGAAAAAGCAAUCGAGCUGCCUUGAAUUUGUAUAAAAAUGCUUUGCGAUUCGAAACCGUCGAAAUCGAACCAAAAUAUUAUGCAGAUGGAGAAGAUGCAUACUCCAUGCGAAGAGAUCUUUCCGAAUUUUCUAGAAAAGCCAAACCUAAGGCUGAAUAUAAGAAUGAGUAGUGUAAUUAUUUUAUAUAUUUUUUUUGUAUAACGAAUGAUAAAUAUACCGAAAAAAAUAUUUUGUUGUUUAUUAAAAUGCUUGUCUUUGUGUUACA